AUGGCAUCGGUAUCGCCAAGUUCCAGCACUCAAAUGUCGCUCAUUCGAGAAUCGGGCAAAGACGGCGCCGCGGGAGGUCGUCCGGUCCAGCAGCCGCCGCGUCCACCGCCGGUGAAGUUGCCGGUGCCCAAGCGCCCUCCGCUCACACCCUCGGCCGUCUUCACACUAAUCCAGACCAUCAAGGAGACGGGUCGCCGGCUGGGCAUGAGUGACUGCGCCGUGGCCACAGCCUGCACCCUCUUCCACCGCAUGGUCCGCGUGCUGACGGUCGGCGAGGAGACGGGCCCCUUCGCCGCCGAGGUUGACGGCGAAGCGGAACCCGCCACACCGGCCACGUUCUCGUCUAACAACGAUAACCCCACGCCCUCAGCCAUCGACGGGUCGAUCCGAUCGACUUUGGGGGAUGUGGACCCCUAUACCAUGGCUAUGGCAUGCAUCAGCUUGGGGGCCAAGGUGCAAGAGGAGCAUCAGCGUCUACGCGACGUCAUCGUCGCCUACUACAGAGCCCUGCACAAGACGAAGAGACCGCCGUUGGAGGUGGGCGAGGAGUACGACCGUCUGCGAGUGAGCCUGGUGAGCGCGGAGCUCUUCCUGAUGCGCGUCCUCGGCUACCAGGUGCGCACGAAGGCGGACCUGCCGCAUGCCUACCUGCUGCACUACAUGUCCGCCCUGCUCCACUGGAUCGGCAAGGGCGUGGCCCACCCCCCGGCCAACCCCGGCGCCGACGACCCCCAGCAGCAGCAGCAGCAGCAGUACACUCAGAGCUCGCUGGCGCUCGCGCGACUGCCCGGCCUCGCGUGGUCCAUCCUCAUGGACUCCUACCACGCCCCGCUGUGUGUGGACUACGCGCCGGAGUACAUCGCGGCGUCAAUCUUGCAUCUGGCGUUGCGCAUCGCCGGUGUUGAGGUUCCUGGUAACCGCCACUCCGAAAUGGCCUGGUGGCAGGCCAUUUCGGACUCGUUGUCGCGUGAAAUCGUGGAGCAGAUUCAGCUGAAGGUGAUGGACAUCUACGCUGUGGACGACCGGAUCAACGCGAUGGCCAACUAUCGUCCAGACGAUGACGAUUUCUAG